ACAAUGUCAGUACAGUGCUACAGGUUCACAGUUUAGAUCCAUAUACAGUGAGCCUUCUACAGUCACAAUUCAGGGUAAGAAGAUUGUUUUUAAUGGUUGUAAACAAUUUACUGUUGUGCCAUGAUUACCAUGUUCCUCUUGGGAUAUUUUAUCAUACUGUUUGUUGUGAUAAGCUAUUACAUGAAGUAAUCAAGCAAUAUAUGAUAUAUCCUUAAUUUCCCAUAAUGUAGCUACAUGAGAUAAUUGACUCAAGAUCCUUAAGUCUGAAAUAACAUGGAGGGAUUAGGCUGUCAGUAAAUUUCUCAAAACCACAAAAUGCUAAAUGCUUAAUUCCCCUAUUCUCACAGACCAUCCUCAGCUGACAGUGAGUUCUGCAGUCAUCAGAGAGAGAGAAUCAGUUCAGCUGAGUUGUGAGACUCCUCCAUCUCUCCAUGUGUCUCACUGUUACUUCUACAUAGAGGGGGUGAAGAAUCUUCCAGACUCAUCGUGUACGCAGACAAUAACAGGAACUGAGCUGCUCAAGAGGGCGGGAUCAACAAUUCCAGCUGUGGUCAAAGUGAAAUGUUACUACUCUAUAAGGAAGUCUCACAUAUCUCCUUUCAGUGACCCUGUCUCAGUCACUGUUCAGGAUCCAAAACCAGACAUUACAGUCCAUUUUGAUGGGUACUUCAACAUCAUCUGUUUGAUUCCUGGAUCUGUGAGUCCUGACACCACCUGUAACCUGUAUGUUGGAGAGGAGAGUCAGCUGUUAUUGACAGUAAAGAUCUGGAAAGAAAAAACCAAAGCUUCCAAACAGUGGUUCUGUCAAUUCUUUGUAACUGAGAGUGAUCUGAUCAGACGUCUACAGUCAGUGAGGCGUAAGGAGGUGAGCUGUGACUAUAGAGUGAGCUCAGGACCAAACUCUCUCUCUCCACACAGUGAUGGGUACAGAUUUACAGCGAGUCCAACGGAAAGUCCCAUUGAUGUGGAUACACAGCCAUUUGCAAAUGAGAUUCUGAUACAUACCAUGUAUACAACUCAAUCCUCGACAGACCAGCAACCUCAGCCCAGCCGGAUGGGUUUUACAGUCUGCAGACACACUGAAACUACACCACUGGCUUUCUGUAGAUAUGUCUCACACAUCUCACAUAAAUACCUUUUUCUCACAUGAUAUCCUUUGUUUAUCACACAUCCAGUUAUUGUAAAUAACUCGCUUAGCAGGUAAUAUAUUGACUGUAUUAUACGUGGACAACUGGCUUCUGUUACAUGUCUAUCCAUAAUAUCUGUUACUGUGUUAAUAUUGGAGGGGUCCGGGGCAAACUCCCCUUUGAGCAUCUUUCUUAUUUCUUCCCCCUAAUAAAUGCUAAAUCUACUGUA